CCAAAACCCCUCUCUAUCUCCUGUGGCGGCGCUAGCUCUUCUUUCUCGCUCCUAGGGUUUUGCUGAUAUUUCUAAUUUCAACUCUUCACUCACUCUCCAUCGUUCCAUCUUCUUCCCCUGGUGUUAAGGUUUCGAUCUAUCAUCCUACACCAACUUGAUAUCCAGUUUCGAUUCUGUCUCAAGUCCUCUGCGCUAGAUCCGAUUAUGGCGGCCGUUGCCCCCGCUGCAGAUCAAGCUGCAGAUUUGCUGCAGAAGCUAACGUUGGAAUCCAAGAGCAAGACUCAUGAUGCUCCUGAGGUUGCUAAGAAGCCAACAGGGAUUCAGUAUGGUUCAGCAAAUGGCGUGGAAGCACCGAAGGUUCAGAUUCCUUCAUCAGAGAGAUCUGUAACACCUGUUCUUCCGGAGUACAUGGAUCAUAAUAUUUGGUAUCUGCAUAACGGUUAUCCGUCGUCAGCUUAUUAUUACAGAGGUUAUGAUGGUUCGAUGGGAGAUUGGGACGAGUAUUCUAGAUAUUUAAGCCCUGAAGGAGUGGAGAUGCCACAUGGAGUUUAUGGUGAUUUGUAUCACCAUGGAUAUGGAUAUACACCUUAUGGUGCUUAUCCCUCUUCUGCUUCUACUGUUCCGCCUCUUGGUCAUGACAGCCAAAUGUACGGCACCCAACAUUACCAAUAUCCUUCUCCAUAUUUCCAGCCCCAAGCAGUCCCAAAUGGAACAUACUCGUCCAACAACGUUCCUACUUCUCAGGCAGAAGUUAAUUCACCUUCUGUUGCAGAUCCGGCUCCUGUGUCUGUAGAUGCUGCAAAAUCAAAUUCAAAUGGGGUCAAUAAUGUUAGUGUUACCGGGAACAGUGGGCCCCAAUCUCUAAAACAAAAUCAGCAAAAUUCAACCUUUACUUCGAAUGGCUCAUAUGGUAGAGGUUAUUUACUCGGCAGUCACCCCUCUCCUGGGUACCAAGAUCCAAGAUUCAAUUUUGAUGGAAUGCGGUCGCCCAUUCCGUGGUUUGAUGGAUCUACUUUCUCUGAUGCUCAUGUUAGAUCCACUACAACCAAUGCUGCAUCUUCAACUGCUUCGAAUAAUGCUAAUUCCGCAUCAUUACGAAAUCAGAAUGCUCGUUCCGUCCCCCAACUCAUGGGUUUGCAUUCUCCACGACCAACCCCUGGUAUGGUGCCGACCGCUCACGGUAUCAUAAACAGGAUGUACCCAACGAACCGGACGAAUGGACAGUGCGGCAAUGCAUUUAGAUCCGGAAAUGCUUUUGAAACGAAUAUUUACGACUCCAGAAUUAACGGUCGUUGGGGUAUGUUUGUGGAUGGAAAAUACAAGCCUAGAGGCCGCGGUAAUGGAUAUUAUGGAUUCGAAAAUGAUAAUGGUGAUGGAUUAAGCGAAUUAAACAGAGGACUGAGAGCCAACCGCUUUAAAAAUUAUUACAAGGCUCCGGUAACUACAAUUACAAUUGCAGCUAAAGGGCAGAGCCUUCCUCCUUAUGAAAAUGUGGAGGAUCCCAGUGUUGUACCUGGCAAAGAACAGUAUAAUAGAGCUGAUUUCUCUGAUAAAUACACGGUGGCCAAAUUUUUCGUCAUAAAGUCGUAUAGCGAAGAUGAUAUUCACAAGAGUAUCAAAUACAAUGUUUGGGCCAGCACGCCCAAUGGUAACAAGAAACUCGAUGCAGCUUACAAGGAGGCGAAGGAGAUGACAGUUGAAUGCCCGGUGUUUUUGUUCUUUUCUGUAAAUACAAGUGGUCAGUUUGUCGGUGUUGCGGAAAUGGUUGGGCCUGUGGAUUUUAAUAAGACGGUGGAUUACUGGCAGCAGGAUAAGUGGAAUGGUUGCUUCAGUGUAAAGUGGCAUAUUGUAAAAGAUGUACCAAACAAUCUUCUGAAGCACAUAGCAAUCGAGAGCAAUGACAACAAACCCGUCACUAAUAGCAGAGACACUCAGGAGGUGAAACUUGAGCAAGGUAAUCAAAUGCUUAAGAUUUUCAAGGAGCAUACAAGCAAGACAUCCAUUUUGGAUGAUUUUGGUUUCUAUGAGAAUCGUCAAAAGGUUAUGCAAGAAAAGAGGGCUAAACAGCUACAGCAUAGCAAGCUGAUUGUUGAUUUGAAACCAGCAGAAACGGUGGAUGAAAUGGGCAAGGAAGGGAUCAAUGGAAACCCUAGAUUGCAGAAACCUUUGGAAUCAGUCACAGUUCUAAAGAAGGAGGUUAAUUCGGCCGGCCUUGGUGAACGGAAGCUAGCGGAUGACAGUGCUUUGCCUGCAGUCUCCAGUGAUGCCACCAAGGGAGCAAGACCGGUGCCGGAAAAGCGAGUCAUAACAACCACAAACGGUGCUUCAAAUGGCUGCUAA